AGAAGAAAGAAGACGGUAUUGAAAAGUGCACGCGAAAUUUUUUUCAAGUAAAAAAUUAGCAAAAAAAUAUAUAUCUUUUCAUAAAAUAAAUAUAUAAAUUACAAAAUAUAAUUUGCAGAAAGAAAAGGCAAUAAUGUUUCCAUCAAUUUGAGCAAAAUUAUGUUAAUAAUAAGUAAAAUAAGAAAAAAAAUAAAGUUAAUAAGUGAAAAAUAUCAAGUGUGAGAGUGUGUGGUUGGUUAUUUAGUGUGUUUGUUGUUUGUGUAGUGAAAAAAAAAAAAUAAAAAGUUGGUUGUUGUUUUACUGGUGCUGCGCUGCAACUGCGACAUUGUCUGUUAAGAAAAAAUAGUCCGUUUUUUUAUAAACAGAUUAUUAAUUGGUCAUUAUGAUGGAACUUGAACCUCGAGUUGCCUUGUUGCAAGACUUACGUUUACAGACUUUCGAUUCAAUACGUUUUGCUUCGUAUCGGACAGCUUCCAAACUGCGUUAUAUUCAAAAGUCGACAAAUUUGCAUUUAGUCGAUAUAUGGAAUGUUAUUGAGGCGUUUCGUGAAAAUGGUCUAAAUACUUUGGAACCACAAAGCGAUGUUAGUGUGGCUCGUUUAGAGACGCUUGUAUCAUCGCUGUAUCAUAAUCUGAACAAGCGUUUGCCGACUGCUCAACAGGUUCCAGUUGACUCGAAGGCUGGAUUGUUGCUGAAUUGGUUGCUAGCUGCGUAUACCAGUGAUAACUCUGGCAAAAUACGUGUGUUCUCUAUAAAAGUAGCUUUGGCUACGAUGUGCUCCGGCAAGUUGGUGGACAAGUUAAGAUAUAUAUUUUCUCAGAUCUCAGAUGGUGCUGGUCAAUUGGUUAGCUGGAAAUUGGGUGAAUUUUUAAGAGAGGUGCUUGCUUUGCCGGCUGCUGUAUACGAAUCACCUACUUUUCAUUAUAAAGAGGGAUUGGAGGAGCAGAUAUUUUCUUCUGAAAAUAAGGUCACUGUUAAUGAUUUCAUGGCAAUACUUAUGUCUGAACCGGGCCCAUCGUGUCUCGUAUGGUUACCUUUGCUGCAUCGAUUGGCUACAGUUGAAACGAUUGUACAUCCGACAAUCUGCUCUGUCUGUCACAAGGAAAACUUCACUGGCUUUCGUUACCGUUGUCAGCGGUGUCACGCCUACCAACUGUGCCAGGAAUGCUUUUGGCAUGGCAAGACAUCACUGAACCAUCAAAACGAUCACGAAGUCAAGGAAUACUCAAGUUACAAAUCGCCCAGCAAACAGAUCGGUCAUUCGUUGCGCAAAAGUUUCCGAUGUGUGCCCGAGAAGACGACUCAAGUGUUGCCACGAUUUCCUGAACAGCCCGAGAAGACACUGAAUUUGUCACAUAUUGUGCCACCCUCACCACUGCCUUCGCAUAAUGGUUUCGCUGAUCCGACAAUGCUCCAUGGCUUAGGUGGUGCUGUACCAGGAGGUGGGGGCGGAGGCUUGCCCAGCGGUCUUAUGUUUGAUCGAUCUAGCACCAUCGAUUCAAGAGCCACCGGACGAAGUAUUGACAGUGCGAAUGGUAUCUCAUCAUCACGGGUAGCAGCUGCAUCAGCAAAUGAUGAAGAGCACCGUUUAAUAGCUCGGUAUGCAGCCCGACUUGCCCAGGAAAAUCGCGCACCCAGUACCAGCAGUGCAGCCAAUGCCGACAAUCAGCAUCCGAUAACUUCAGACAACUCGCGCGCACAGCGGGAGCUUAUAACACAACUAGAGUCAAAAAAUAAAGAAAUUAUGCGUGAAAUAGCGAGGUUAAGGCGACAACAGGAAGCAGAACAGAUGGCACCUGAAAAUCCUGCUCUUAUUAGUGAAUUACGUGCAUUGCGUCAGCGCAAAGGUGAACUCGAAGGCCAUUUGGGUGCCUUGCAAGAUUCACGGCGGCAGUUAAUGGAACAACUGGAGGGUCUAAUGCGAAUGUUAAAGAGUCAACAAACUUCUUCACCAAGAUCCACGCCGAAUUCUAGCCCUCGUUCUGGUAAAUCACCUCCUAUGCCAGGCGGCGGUCAUUCAGUGGUAGGCAGUGGUGGUAGCGGUGGUAUAAACGCCCUGGGAACGUCUCCCAUUGGAUCGAUGCAUACCCAAUCGUCUGUCCACUCAUUGAUGGGCACUGGGAAUGUAUUGCGCUUACAACAAACAGCCUCGAUGAAUCAAGGUUCGUUUAAUCCAAAUCAAAUGGAUCAUGUUAGUCCACAAAUGGGUGGAGAAAUGCGAGGCCCUUUUAGCACUAAUGGGAGUGGUAAUUUCGAUGACCCACAAUCUAUCGAUUGGACGGAUAAGACUAAUUCAAGCGGCAGCCAAUGGCAGGAACAAUUCGCCCAGUGGUCUUUACAUACUCAAAAGAACUAAUUCCAUGUUUAUUGUUAUUUAAAAAAUUAAUAGAACUAAAACAAAAACUUAUUAAAUUAUAUGAAAUGAUUUGUAACUUAGUUCAAAUGCAUACAUACUUAAAUACAUACAUACAUAAUUAUUAUAUGAUCUUAAUAUAUAAACAUAUACAUACAUAAAAACCUAUUAUAUACAAAAAUAUAUACUAUUUAUUAACAACUCGUAUACUUAACUGACUUGAAGACAUACAUACUUAGAUACUGAAGAUACUUAACAUAAAUACAUACAUAACGGAAAUGCAAGCGUUUUUUUUUUUUUUUUUUUAUUUAAUUCUAAUAAUAAUUAAAAUAAAUAAAUGAAUAAUAUUUUUAAUAUUUAUAAAUUAAUAAAAUAUUUAGUUUAAUAAAAAAUACCAUAAAAUUAAGUUUUUAAAAGUCGAUAGAAAUAAUUCAUACACACAAACACACACAUGUACGUAUAAAUUAUUUGUUACUUAAUGAAAAUGAGAAUAACAUAAAUGGAAAGAUACGUAUGUACUUUUUUUCUCAAAAUUAUUUUUAAAAUAAACUCUUUGCUUAAUCUUGUCAAAAACAAGUUUUACAUAAAACCAUUUACUUUUUAUAUAAUAUAGAAUUUCAGCAUAUAUGUAUGUAAUAUUAAAAUGCAUUUGUAUUAAAAAUAUAUUUAAAUGAUUCAUAAUCUAAAAAGCGAAAAACUAAUUUCCCUAUUCAUUGAUUAAUACACCAAUUGACUGAUACUAAACACAGCAAACAUAAAACAUUUCCCUAAAAUCAAGAUUGUUUUUAAUGCUUUAAAUAAUAAUAAUAAAACGUAAUAAUAUGUUAUGAACAUAUGUAUCUACGUAUGAACAUUAGAAUCGCCACAAAAAUAUUUUAAUAUGGAAUUUCUCAAAUGUAAUGUAACUUUUUUUUUUAACUCCAAACGGCCUUUUCUAGUGUCCAUAUGUAUAUAUAAUAGCUGUGCCUACAAAAACAGCUAUGUGUAACUUUUGAAAUAUUAAUUUUUUUUAUUUUGCCAUCCUAAAUUUUGGAAUUUUGAUGUGUAAUUUUGUAUACAUAGUUUUCGUAUAAAAAAUGUUCUUUACUCUGCUGAAAAAUCUUCAAAAUGAGAUAUUUAGCUCUUUUUGUAGGCUCAGGUAACUAACUACAUUUUCAUAAAUACAUAAAAAUAUUCAAACAAAUAUUAAAAUAUGAAUGGAAAUAGCAGACGAGAUUAUUGUUAAUUAUAAAAUCUAUAAACAUAAAUAUAAAUGAAUACAUAAAUUGUGCGUACUUAAUUAAUCAUUUUAAAAUAGAGUUUAAACAAAUAAUUAUAACAAACACUUAAAAUGAAAUAUGAAUUUCAAGAAAAAGAAAAACUUUGUGCAUAAUAUAAAAAAUAUAUGUACAUUGCACACGCAAGUACAUGAUGAAUUUAUAUAGACAAACAAAAUAAUAAAUAUAGCAAAUGGCAGUUAACAA